CGUAGUAGUAAUCUGUCUGCCGCGCACCGAGCUCGCAUUUUGUGUCACGGUGCCACCGGGAGAGGGGCGACAGACUGCUGCGCGUCAGGGGACACCGGUGACCAUCCGCACGGUUCAAGCGACAUCCCGCCGCGGGCAAUGACAUUCGCUGAUUGAAGUGGGAAUACACAAGGAAACGCAAAAAUGACGGUGGACUUUGAAGAAUGCAUAAAAGAUUCACCCCGAUUUAGGGCUGGCAUCGAUGAUGUGGAGACAGACGUAGUGGAGAUUGAGGCAAAACUCGACAAGCUGGUGAAGCUGUGCAGUGGGAUGAUCGAGGCUGGCAGGGCCUACGUCAGCGCCAACAAGCUCUUUGUCAAUGGAAUCAAGGAUCUCUCCCAGCAGUGCAAGAAAGAGGAGAUGAUAUCGGAAUGUCUUGAGAAGUGUGGAGAAAGCCUCCAGGAGAUCGUCAACUACCACAUGAUAUUGUUUGACCAGGCUCAGAGGUCAAUCAAGCAGCAGCUUCACACCUUCAUUAAAGAGGAUGUGCGUAAAUUUAAGGACACCAAGAAGCAGUUUGACCGGGUGCGGGAGGACAUGGAACUGGCCCAGGUGAAGAACGCCCAAGCGCCCAGGAACAAGGUGCACGAGGCUGAAGAGGCCACGCAGGCUCUCGUCCUCAGCCGCAAAGCCUUCAGGCACCUUGCGCUAGACUACGUACUGCAGAUUAAUGUGAUUCAGGCCAAGAAGAAGUUUGAAAUCUUGGAUGCAAUGCUGUCCUUUAUGCGUGCCCAGUGCACACUGUUCCAACAAGGCUUUAAUAUCUUGGACGAGAUUGACCCCUAUAUGAAAAAACUGGCUGCACAGCUGGAUCAGCUGGUCAUUGACUCGGCCGUGGAGAAGAGGGAGCUGGAGCACAAACACGCCCUCAUACAGCAGAGAACUCUGAUGCAGGACUUUUCUUAUGAUGACACCAAGUUGGAAUUUAAUGUGGAUGCACCCAAUGGUGUGGUCAUGGAGGGCUACCUCUUCAAGAGGGCCAGCAACGCUUUCAAGACCUGGAACAGGCGCUGGUUUUCUAUACAAAACAGCCAGCUUGUCUACCAGAAGAAACUUAAGGACUCUUUGACAGUUGUGGUGGAGGACCUGAGGCUGUGCUCUGUCAAACCGUGUGAAGAUAAUGAGCGCAGGUUCUGCUUUGAGGUUGUCUCACCCACUAAGAGCUGUAUGCUGCAGGCAGAAUCGGAGAAGCUGCGGCAAGCUUGGAUCCAGGCGGUCCAGGCAAGCAUCGCCUCCGCUUACAAAGAUAUCGCCGACAAUUAUUACAUUGAGCGUUUGGACCGGACAGCCUCGCCCUCCACCAGCAGUAUCGACUCUGCUAGCGAGCCCAGAGAGAGGGGGGAGAGGUCUGAUAAGGUCAUCCGGGGAGGCGUGGAAAGCCUCCUCCAGAGGGUACAGGGCCUGCCGGGCAAUGAGCUGUGCUGUGACUGCGGCCAAACAGCCCCGUGCUGGGCCUCCAUCAACCUGGGAGUGCUGCUUUGCAUUGAAUGCUCAGGGAUCCACAGGAGUUUAGGUGUUCAUUGCUCUAAAGUGCGUUCACUGACGUUAGACUCAUGGGAGCCAGAAUUACUCAAGCUUAUGUGUGAAUUGGGGAACACUGUGAUCAACCAUAUUUAUGAGGGAGCCUGCAAAGAACUGAGAGCAAAAAAACCCAGACCCUCCAGUUCAAGACAGGAGAAAGAGGCUUGGAUCAAAGCAAAGUAUGUGGAGAAACGCUUCCUGACGAAGAUGAGUGGGAGCGAGGCUUUAGUGGAAGGGGAAAGGAAGUUCCGUCCCUGGACAGUAAAAAAGUGCCAUCGACACAACAGCUCUGUUCGGGCCCCCAACAAGGCCCGCAUGAGAUAUCAUCGCUACGAGCCGGGAAGUGCUUCACCUGCGAACCUCUCAGCAGCUGCUGCAGCAAAGUUUCGCCGGGACUCCCUGUUUUGUCCAGAUGAGCUGGACUCCCUAUUUUCCUACUUUGACACUGGCUCCGGUCCUCGCAGCCCCGCAGGUCUUAGCAGCGACAGCGGCCUGGGAGGAAGUACCGACGGCAGCACGGACAUCCUGGUAUUUGGCUCGGUGGUGGACAGUGUCACGGAAGAAGAUGAGGAGUCUGAGGAGUCCUCCAGCGGUGAGGUAGAGAUAGAGCAGGAAGUGUCUUCAGACCCCGAAGACCAGAGGGAGCUCCACCCCGGGGCUCUCCUCCACCGAUCCGCCCGUCUACACAACCUACCUCUCAUGGCUGAGGCUCUGGCACACGGUGCAGACAUACACGCUGCAAAUGAGGAGGAGGGCAAAACGCCACUCAUUCAAGCCGUGGCUGGGGGAUCCCUGAUAGCGUGUGAGUUCCUGCUGCAGAACGGAGCCGAUGUGAACCAGAGAGACAUGAGAGGCAGAGGCCCGCUGCACCACGCCACCUACCUGGGACACACUGGUCAAGUGUGUCUGUUCCUGAAGAGGGGGGCAUCUCAGACGGAGGUGGAUGAGCAGGGUCAUGACCCCCUAAGCAUCGCCGUCCAGGCUGCCAAUGCAGACAUCGUCACCUUAUUACGUCUUGCACGCAUGAACGAGGAGAUGCGAGAGGCGGAGGCUCCAUUGGGUCAACCAGGUCCAUACCACAGUAGCAGCCCCACUGAGCAGCAGUAUAGGAAGUGCAUCCAAGAAUUUAUCUGCCUCACCAUAGACGAGUGCUAAGCAAAGCAUAUUCUCUCUCUCUCUCUCUCUCUCUCUCUCUCUCUUUCUCUUUCAUUAAUAUAUAUAAUAUUAUAUAAUAUAUAAUAUUAUAAUAAUAGAUAUAUAUAAUAUAUUAAUAUAUAUAUAUAUUUUAUAUACAUAUAUAUAAUAUAUACAUACCUUCCUUCUGAAUUAAAACCUAAAGAAAAUGGUGCAGACGAAGUUGUCUCUACACAUGAUCAAUUUCUGGGUGUAUAAGGAGAGAGGAGCGUAUCACUUGCGCUUUAUGGAGGGGUGUUGUUUCAUGGGGAGACACCUGAAUGACCUUUGUAACGCUACUGACAAUACAGUCACCACCACCAAGUUUUCUGCAUCGCAACUAUGUUUCUGCUUGCCAUAACUCGCUAACAACAAGCCGUGCUAGCUACAUGAGACACACAGUAAAAUGACAUUUGCUGUUUACACCAGUUACCGUGGUGUAACCUCUCGAGCGAGGGUGUGGGUUUACUGUUGCCUAUCAGCUCCUAGCUCGGAAAACUCUAGUACACCAUAUCCAUCCACUGCGUGACCUCCAACUUAACCAUCUUUUGGAGAUUGUAGAUAUACUUAUUUAGAAGUUAUAUGGGUAAUCUUUAAACGUGUGCUGUGGCAUGAGGUGAAAAGAGGUAUUUGUUCCAUUUCCUGUAAAAAAAGAGUUAACUGCUGCAGUACAGGUGAGCAGUGUAGUUUACGGUAUAUAGAAAAUGUCAGGAAGGGAAAUUUAUUGUAAAACUGUGACAAAAAUGCUGAGAAACGCCUUGCAAAGAGCCCCCUGCUUGCUUUGUAAGGUACUUUGUGACAGAGUAAGAGAGUGACUAAUUAAUUAGUGGACAGUAGAGUAUGCGUCAAAGAAUGCUCAGAGGCAGAGUUAAAAAAUAUGAUAUUACAUUAUGUAAAGGAAAUAAGAAACUUUGCACUUUUCCCAACUACAGUAUUAUAUGUAUUUUCCUUACAUUGUACUUGUCUCGUCAAGAUUUUGUCUAUCUAUCUAUUGUCUAUUUUAUUUCUGGCUUUUUAUUUAUAUUUAUCUCACCAGAGGACCGGUGCAAUUCAUUGAUUCAUUGAUGAUUGCAGUUUACGGCUGCGUUUGCAUUAAUGAUUGUCAUUUUGAACUACAAGCAACAACAAGCUUACUUGGAAUUAAUGACAGGGAGUCUUUAGAUUACCAUUUAUUAUCUUUAGAUUGUAAUGUAUGAUUUUUCAUUUCAUUAUCACUAUGGAACAGCCUUACUAUUGUUAUUGGCAUUCAAACACAUCACUAAAUAAGAUUUUACUAGCUAAUAAAAGGAAAUUGUAGUUACAGAGUAAAUGCAGUCAUCAGUUGUUUAUUACAGUAUGUUAUGUACAGACAAAGUAGAGCGGCAACAUAUGAUGGUGUGUAUAAAAUAGAUUUGCUUCUCAUCUUUUAUACAGCGCUUUGGUUAACUUCCUUUUACAAAACAAAGGCAGUUUAUGACACCUCUAUUGUGUUGUAAAUAGUCAUCCAUGUUAUGAUAUUGGAGGUGAGAUAAAGGUGCACUCUUCUUUAGAAGAGUUUAUACAUUUGUGGGGUCAAAAGAUUUAUAUAUCUGGCAUCCCUCCUGGGUCAAUGCUCGCAGUAUUUUCUGCAUGCUUUAUCAAAAUUUACUUUAGGAAGUUCAACAUCGUUGACAUCCCAAGCAUGAUAAGAUAUUUCAUUAUGGUUUGAUCAUGUCGUGCAGUGCAGUCUCGUGGAAGAAGCAUGUACCACCAUGAGCCCUCUGUUGUCAGAAAUAUGUCACUUUUUGCACCUCUGCCAUCCUUGCAUAUGUGGACCAAAUCUUUGGUGAACUUCUCAUGCCUGUCUUUUUUUAGUGAUUUUUGUUUGGUUUUAUGUUGUGGUUUAUUUCCUCUGCCAAAGACUUUUUAAAGGGAAAGUGUCUGACAUUGAACAGUUUCAGUAAAAAAAAAAGUGAUAUCAUACAGAGUAGAUUUAGUAAAGCAUAUUUUUACCAUGCUUUGAGAAGCGGUAGAGUGGUAGAAACACUGUUGGUGUGCUUACACAUUGAAAAUAGGUUACAGAAAUGUGACAGACCUGAGAGAUUUUGAUGAAGUGAUAUUCUGCAAUGGUUCAAUGUACUGCAAGUAGAAGCAGUCUAGGGGUUGAUGUGGAGCUACUGUGACCAAACUGUUAAAGGUCCUCACUUUAGCGGGUGUUUAAUGUUGUGUCCAUUGUGUGUAUUGACAUAUGUGGUUAAAAAUGCUUUUCAAAGCAAACCUGUUGUAAAUAGUACACUUGUGUAUUUUAACCCAACUUUCUGCCUCUUCGCAUUCAAUCACAGAUCCGGACUGUGCGAUCUGGUUUAUAACUGUCUUUUUAUUCUCUUCCAAAAACAACAGCCUGUUAGGCCGAACUGUACCUUAGUUCUGCAUUUCUUUGAAGUGUUAUUCUGCGCACUGGCAUUUGGAUAUAUUUGGAAUACUUUCUUCCUUGUCUUUAGAAGCACUGAAGGGAAAAAAAGACAAAAAGCAUACAAUAAAACUGAAACUCUUUAUGAACUAA